AUUAACUUUCUAUUCUUUUUACCGGUCCAUGAUUACCGGUACGCGCAUAUUCAACAACAAGCAACGUCUUGGACGUUUUUAUGUCUUCCCUAUUUUUUGUUGCUCGGUUAGCAAGUGGCUACUCCACCCACACGUUAGAUGAGACCAUGCUGACCUACCAAAGUUGAGAUUAGCCAGCCUACCUGCAGCUCCAGCUCUCUUCAAAUCUGUCAACUUUACAACACAUUUCAUUAUUGUAUCCGUUUCCUAGACAUAGAAGUCAACUCUCCAACAAUGGUUAGAAGGUUCCCCGAGCCCGCGGUAUGGAAUCCUUUCAAGCACCGCGUGGCGUUUUCUGGUUUAGAAAUUGUCGAGCUUGUACUGGGCGGUGUGUUUCUACUGCCGCUGCGCAUCCUUGGUAUUAUCGUUGUCUUCCCGCUGGUGUGGCUGACACUGACCAUCCCUACCAUUGGUGUUAAGCCCGGUCAGCACCUUUCUCCAUGGAGAAGAUUCUUUGUGCUAAAUGUCACCACAUAUGCCGUUCGCCUUAUCCUCUUUAUCUGCGGCUUCCUGUGGGUCAAAUAUUCUGGCAAGCGUGCAUCCUACACUGAAGUGCCAGUCAAUGUUGUCGCACCGCAUGUUACUCCUUUUGAUGGCUUUUUCGUCGGUGGUGUGGUGUAUGGCUCGGCAUUGAUCUGCAGUGAUGUCCUGAGCAGUCUCCUAACUAGCCCUAUUGUACCUUGCACGGAAGCCAUUCCUGUCAACCGGGAAAAUGCCCAGCAACGCUCCAAGGUUCUUGAUCUGGUCAAGACGUUCCUGAGCUCACCUGGCCGCCAGACACAUCUGGUGGCAUUUCCAGAAGGCACCUGUGGUGGGGGCAAGUCACUGCUCUCCUUCAGACGUGGCGCUUUCCAGCCUGGUACCGCUGUUCAACCUAUUGUUCUGGACUACAGGGCUCGGCAGUUGAUUUCAGUCUGGUCAUUUGACUGCCAGUCGCCCGCUGUUCAAAUGUUGUUGCAGCUGAGUCGCCUCUACUCACCUCUUCAUAUCAAGUUCUUGGAUGUCUACCGUCCGUCAGAGGCGGAAAAGCAAGAUCCAGUUCUCUAUGCCAACAAUGUUCAAGCUGUUGUGGCAAGAGAGCUGGGCUGUCCAAGCACUCAGCACACUCGUGAUGAUGGCAUGCUGGUGUACAAGGCAUUGCAGCUCGGUCUGCCGGCAGAUGCCGGCUGCGUUGAACUCGGCAUUCUCAAGCAGCAGCUCGGGUUGAGUAUGAGCCAGCUGAAAGAGGCGAUGGCCAGGUUUGCCAGUGUCAACACCGCCAAGAAUGGCCAUGUUACGCAGGCCGAGAUGUCAGCGUAUUUAGCCUGGCCUGUGCAAGGUCAUGUGCCGGAGAUGUUCCGCGAGUACGACACGGGCAAGUGCAAUUACUUGACGUUCCGCGACUUUCUCCUGGGCCUUGUUGACCUAACAUAUGCCGUCCCGGACCAGGAGAAUCUGAAAGUUUCUGCAUUCAAGGCCCUUUCAGGAGGCGCUGACGAAAUAACUGUGGACGGAGUGAGGUCUUUCUUCGAAGAGAAUGACAUUGCUGUCUCAAUUGUAGAAAGCCAGGCACUCCUUAAUAGCUGGAGUGUUCUGAGUGGAGCGCACUCGUCCGGAAAGCUCAAUAAAGACGAGUUCGCAACACUGCUGCGCCGUUGCCCGGAGUAUCUUGUCCUGCUUUUCUGGACGUUGUUCGGUAUGGACGGCUUCCCGCCAGUCACCCCACCAGCAGCAGAAGACAAGCCUGACAGGCGUCGGCGGAAAUCCACCCCAGCUCUCAUCUAGGCCAGUUGGCAUGUUUUGUUUUGUUUUUUUGUGUUAAGCCAAACUACGAUUUUCUCAGCAAUGAUUGCAGGCAUUCAUUGGUGCUUUAGAGCUUGAUAAAUCGAUUGUGGCCUCCUCUGGUAUGCCACUGGCUUUGGCCUCCUCUGGUAUGCCACUGGCUACGUGUGAUUGUUAGUCCUAGCACUCUUUUUUUUAGCUCCUUGCUUUUUGCGAUGACACUUUGUAGAAUAUUCUGUUGUUAUUAUGUCCGCACCUUUACAGCCAUGGAGGUAUAUUUGAUUAUAAAGCCAGUCUCAGUUAUAAAGCCAUUGGCUUCGUAAAUGAAAUGACCUUUGAAGGAAUAAGUGCUAUUGCUAAGAAACUUUCAGCCCAGUAGGAAGGGUGAACAAGUGAAUUUAGAGUGGAUUUGACUUUUAUGGCAUGGCGUAGUGGUUGAGUCAUUUUGCAUCUAAAAUAGCUGGGAAAGCAGCUGUGUUUCGAAUAUAAGGCCAUGGCUUUAAAGGCGCUGACAUACGGUAUCAACUUUUGACUUUUAAUGCUGAAAAUGUAGCAGUAACGUCAAUAAUGUUUGUAUUCCCUGUGAACACAUGACUCUGUCGUGUAUUGCUUACCUUUUGAAUCGCUGCGCGAUGAUUGUCGUAAGUGUAUGCGUCUUGUACGGUGUCUUGUACGGUGUUUGCCGUAACUAAUUUCAGGCCCAUGUACAUGUAGUCUUAUAUCAAUCGAUUUACUGACUGUUUGACAUUCUGGUUCCUUACGGUUCCUUACUGUUCACUAGACUCUCUUAUUUAUACCACACAAUAUUUACUCCUUUUUGUCCGCUAAUGUGACACUUUUUCGGCGAUGGCUGUUUGACGUGUUCGGUGUCUUCACGGCUGUUCUGUUUGCUCACUCUGCGCGUGGGCUCCGAUACCACGGCCGUCUGCUGGGGCCCAAUGCCAUGGCCGUUGUAAAUCUAGCCACCACCACCA